ACCAGUUCUGGGCUGUGAAGUUUCAAAAGCUACCAUGGCUCGACCUAUGAGGUACCUUGUUUGUGUUUUCCUCAUCCUUAUGGUAGUCUUGGCUGAAGCAGCUCCUGGAAAUGGUAAUGGACGACGAGGGAAUGGGAAUGGAAAUAACAAUGGCAAUGGACAAAAUAAUGGGGACGGGAAUAACAGUGUGAAAAAAAAGAGUGUUAUAGUGAAAGCAAAGUGCAAAGGGAGUGGGUAUCCAGCCUGCUACAAUCAGCAGUUCAAAUGCCCUGUGAAUUGUCCCACCUCCUGUGUGGUUGACUGCGUAUCCUGCAAACCCAUUUGCAGUUGUGAUAUUCCGGGAGCUGUGUGCCAAGACCCCAGAUUCAUAGGCGGAGAUGGCAUCACCUUCUACUUCCACGGCAAGAAAGAUCGCGACUUCUGCCUUGUUUCUGACUCCAAUCUCCACAUCAAUGCCCAUUUCGUUGGCCGGCGGAAUCCGACUUUACACAGGGACUUCACCUGGGUCCAGGCCAUUGGAGUUCUCUUUGACACCCAUCAAAUCUACGUUGGUGCCUUGAAGACCUCGACAUGGGACGAUUCCGUUGAUCGUCUCGCCCUUGUCUUCAAUGGCGAACCCAUCAUCCUUCCAGAAGUUGAAGGGGUAAAGUGGCAGCCCAAAGUGGCACCGAGUGUUUCUGUCACUAGAACCAGAAGCGCCAACGCCGUCACGGUUGAAGUGGAAAGGAACUUCAAAAUCACAGCAACUGUGGUUCCUAUCACCCAAGAAGAAUCUCGAGUUCACAACUAUGGUAUUACCAGUGAGGAUUGCUUUGCUCAUCUCGAGCUUGGCUUCAAAUUCUACUCUCUGAGUGAUGACGUUAAUGGCGUGUUGGGUCAGACAUACAGGAGUAACUACACUAACAGGGUAAAGAUAUCAAGCGUAAUGCCUGUUAUAGGUGGUGUACGUGAAUUCUCUUCGUCCAGUCUCUUCUCCACUGAUUGCCCCGUCGCUCGCUUCCGGCGAGGGCAGCUGCCUAUUCUGGUUGCUGCUUCUGAAUACCCAGAUAUGGAGUGUGGAAGCGGCAUAAGUGGUCGAGGAAUUGUCUGCAAGAAGUAGAGAAAUUGUAUGUGUAUGUGCUAAUUAAGUGAAACCCAUGUGUCUGUGUAUGUUUACUUGUGACUUCUGUGUUCAUGUAUCAUGUAUGCUCCGAGCGUAUCUCUGUUGGCUCGGUACGUUCUGAUGGAAUAACUGAGAACAGUUCAAGUGAAAUAAAGAUUUACUGUUAAUUAA